AUGUCGACCUUCCGCGGUAUGCAGGCGCCCGAGCUGAGCAAGAAGAUGAGCCGUAUCGUCAAGCAAGAGAACUCGGCCAUCUCAGCCCACGAGGCAGCCGGCCGCGAGCGCGUCAACAUCGCCGCCCAGCUCUCCGAAUGGGGCGAAGGCACCGAGGAUGACGCCGUCUCCGACAUUUCCGACAAGCUCGGUGUACUGAUGGCGGAGAUCGGCGAGCAGGAGGAUAACUUUGCGCAGAGCUUGGAGGAUUACCGGAGUAUCUUGAAGUCGAUCCGGGAUACGGAGACUUCGGUGCAGCCAUCGCGCGAUCAUAGGGCGAAGAUCGCGGACGAGAUCCAGCGGCUUAAGCUGAAGGGGGAGCAGAGCAAUGCCAAGGUGGAAGUUCUGGAGCAGGAGUUGGUGCGCGCUGAGGCAAAUAAUCUGGUCGCUGAGGCUCAACUGACCAAUGUGACCAGACAGAAGCUCAAGGAGGCUUUUGAUAUCCAUUUGGCUGCAGUCAUUGAGCGCGGAGAGAAGCAGAUUCUGCUCGCGCGUCAUGCUCGCCGUCUCCUCAACUACCUCGACGACACCCCAGUCGUCCCUGGUGACACACGACAGCCCUAUGAGCAUGCCGAUGAAGCAAGGCAGAUCCUUGAGGCUGCCGAGAAUGACCUAAAGUCUUGGGAGAGCAGCGUCGAACCCAUCCAUACCUCUGCGGGAGAGACCUCUGGCACGACUCUACUGCCCACUGGAGCAGGUAGAGGCCAGGAAGCUCAAGGAGGUGGUUUAACUGGAGCCGCUGGUAAUGUCAACGAGACUGGCACCGACGGCGUCACACACGAAAAGUUGGAUGAGCAACAGGUCUCGGGCGCUACCGGAACGCAGCCCGUUGCUGUGCCAUACUGA